AUGGGUUUUUGUCUGACUCACACCCAAUUCAACUUGAACCUUUUUCACACACACAACCUUCUUCUACGAAAAUCCCUCAAAACUUUAUCAUCAAUGUCGCAGGCUAAAUCCAAAAGACCCAUUUGCCCUUCAUGUUCCAAACCCACACGAACCUGUCUCUGCUCUCGAAUCCUCACUCCUCCCAUCCCUAAUUCCGUCCAUGUAACCAUCCUCCAGCACGCUCUUGAAUGCAACCACCCACUCAAUUCUACUAGAAUCGCUAAACUGGGACUCAACAAUCUCACGAUUGCAACUGUUUCUGAUGUUAAUUUUCAAUCUCGCUUCCUUAUUCGACUUUUACAUUCCAUUUCUAAUUCUCUUGAUAAUGUGUCUAACGGUUUGUUUGCUCAAAAUUACGCUCAACAUGUUCUUGCUAACUCUCUUGUUGACACUGUCAAUCAUGUGAGUGAUGAUGUUAACAAAAUCCCAAUUCAUCCAAAUUGUGAUGAUAUAGAGCCUGCAAUUACUGUUACCAUUGCCAAAUAUGCAUGUGAAGCACUCUCAAAAGGGUUUUUGGUGAAGAAGUUGCAAAAGAAGCAACUCAAUAGGGAAGAAAGUGUGGAAGAAUAUGAGGAAUUUGACAUUGAGGUGAAAAACUUGAUUGUUCUUGAUGGAACGUGGGCUAAGGCUAAAAGGAUUUAUAGUGAAAAUCCUUGGCUCAACAUUUUGCCGCAUUUGAAGUUGGAAGUGAAUGAAAUGAGCUUAUACGGUGAUGUGAGGAGUCAGCCUAAAGCUGGUUAUUUGUCCACCAUUGAGAGCAUUGUGUUUGCUUUAAAGGCAAUUGGGGAGGAUCACAGGGGUUUGGAUAAUCUCUUGGAUACGUUUGAGUCCAUGGUUGGAGAUCAAAGGCGGUGUAAAGAUGAGAGACUGAGCAAACUCCUCCCUAGUUGA